CAAAUUUCAACCCAUCUUUCCUUCAAGCAAAGAAAAUUAAAAAUAAAAAGAAUAAUUGAGAAAAUGAAAAACGAUGCUUCCUCCUAGCAUCGUAGCUCCUCAUUAGAAAGUCUCCUCCACGUUCAAAAUCAACACUCACUCAAUCAAUUCCCUUUAUAUACAACCCUUUUCCACUCAACUUAGACAAACACAUCACACAACCUUAUCCUCUCUUCUCUAUUUCUCCUCCAAUAAUACCACAACUUUUUGCUUCCUUUUUUUCCUUCAAUCAAAUAAAAAUAAAAUCAAUUCAAUUUAUAAACAUACACAAUAAACUCAUGGAUAACGCUGCUGAAGUUUCAGCUCUUAGAAGCAUCAAAUUGCAUCUUUUAGGUGAACUAUCCCCUUUAGGAACUCCAAUUGCACAAUACACUCAAACCAAACAACCCUGGUCUGAAUCUGAAUCUGAAUUUGAAUUUGAAUUUGAAUUUCAAGGAGUAACAAAUAACAACACAACCUCUCAAACCGAAUCAAACUCAUCAACUUCCGAUUCUUCAAUCUCUUUAGAUCAUUACUUCACUAACCUCCUUCAAACGGAAACACAAAUUCCACUUUUCGAAUUUGAUUCCAAAUUGCGAACAAUCGAACAGGAGAGUCCCAAAGCGUUAAUAACUGAACCUGUUAACAACCGUACUCAACGAACCAUAGAGAAAAACUCUUCACUGAGCCGAAAACCGUCGCUGAAAAUCUCUCUCCCCAAGAAAACCGAGUGGAUCAAAUUCGGAAACUCGGAUCCGAAACCGGAGGUGAUUGUUCAGAAACCAGAACCGGAACCUGUUGAGAAAAAGCACUACAGAGGAGUUAGACAAAGACCGUGGGGAAAAUUCGCCGCCGAGAUUCGCGAUCCGAACAAACGCGGCUCAAGAGUUUGGCUCGGAACGUUUGAUACGGCUAUUGAAGCCGCUAAAGCCUACGAUCGAGCCGCUUUCAGGCUUCGCGGAUCCAAAGCAAUUCUUAACUUUCCACUUGAAGUCAACGAAGUUAUUGCGGCGGUGGAGGAGACUUCCGGCGACGGUGAGAGGAAACGUUGCCGUGAAGAGGAAGAGGUGGAGGAGAAACCGGUGGUUAAAAAGGAGAAAACGAUGGAGUUUGAUGUGAACUGUUUUAAAGAUAUGCCGUUAACGCCGUCAACUUGGACUGGGUUUUGGGACGGUGAUAUUAAGGGAAUUUUCAGUGUUCCACCGUUGUCGCCGUUAUCUUCUUUUUGUUAUUCACCUUUAGUGGCUGUGUGAAAUUUCUAUUUAGGGCUCCUUUAAAAUAAUCGUCUUUUAUUGCAUCCUUAUCAGAGAUGAGAAAUGUACAUUUCAUUAAAUGAUUUAAUUUAUUCACCAUAUUUUCUUCUUGGCUA